ACGCUGGGGGGGGGAGACACUAACGGGGACAUGCCAGUCACGGUGGUGUUGGACGGUCCGGCCCCCUGGGGGUUCCGCCUGACGGGAGGAAAGGACUUCAACCAGCCACUCUCCAUCUCCAGGAUCACUCCCGGCAGCAAGGCGGCCAUUGCCAACCUGUGUGCUGGUGAUGUCAUCCUGGCCAUCGAGGGCGUCCCGGCCACCGACAUGCUGCACUGUGAAGCCCAGAACAAGAUAAAGGAGUCGAUCUAUCAGCUCAGUCUUACUGUUGAAAGGAAUGAAUCAAGACUGUGGUCCCCACGUGUGGUGGAGGAAGGAAAAACUCACCCGUAUAAAAUGAACCUGGAAGCUCAGCAGCAGGAGUUUAAACCGAUUGGCACUGGUCAUAACCGGAAAGCUCAGCCGUUUGUGGCAGCGGCGAACCUCGACGACACUCAUCAGGUGGUCAGCGCCGCCUACAACACCCCCAUCGGCCUCUACUCCUCCGGAAACAUCCAGGACGCCAUGGAGGGACAGAUCCGAGGCCUGGUGCUGCCCAAACCUGCCAGCCCCCGGACUCUGACCAGCAUCGAGGACUCUGACGUAUACCAGAUGCUGCAGAAAGACCAGGAGGAGCCCCAGGAGCCCCGGCAGUCUGGCUCAUUCAAAGCCCUGCAGGACUUUAUUGACAGUGAUGGCACUCGUCCCAUUGUGACCAGGACAGUGAAAGCCCCCACAACCAGACCGACCCCGCCCACAGGAAACCUGCAGAAACUGCCCGUCUGCGACAAGUGUGGGAAUGGGAUUGUCGGGACGGUGGUGAAGGCGCGAGAUAAAUACCGUCACCCCGGCUGCUUCGUGUGCUCCGACUGUGACGUCAACCUCAAACAGAAGGGCUACUUCUUCGUGGAGGGGCAGCUGUACUGUGAGACUCACGCUCGCUCUAGAAUGAGACCACCGGAGGGACACGACCUCGUCACUACUUACCCCAACGCAUAGAUUAACAACACACACUCAGACACACAGACACAUGCUCCAUUGUCCUUCAGCUGCUGUGUGUGUGUGUUAUAUCUGCACUUGUUUAUCUCAUGUUGUCUGUGUGCAAUAAUAUUUCAAAAAGCUUUACUUUGUUUCUGUUUAGGAACAUUUCAGUCAGGUUAUAAGUGACUACAAAACACAGUUUCUACAACCCCGAAAUGUAAAAAAUGUUGUGACGCUGUUUAAAAUAAACACCCAAAUAAAAACAUGCAAUCAAAUUCAGAAUUCACCUAUUGGAUGGAUCAGCAUGCGAUUUAGUGAACACAUUCAUGUCCCCCUCAGAAUGACUUGUAGUAUCUUUGGUAUCAGUGGCGGUUCUAGACUAAUUUUACUGUGGGGGCCAAGGAGGGGCC